UCCAUGUUGGUUAAUUUCUGACAUGCGUAGUUCUCUUCUCCAGAAGUUUAUUUGGAAUGGCCCUAUAUCACAAAAUGUUAGUCUUAGGACCAUUAGUAAUGUGGAAAAGUUUUAUACUUUUAUCAUAAAAUUGAACAAUUUUGGUCGAUAACCGCUAGACUACCUGAGAACCAUCCAGGGUAAAGAUAUCAAUAGACGAGUAGUUUGUGCUGCUUUUGAGAUGGGAAUUGGUAGAGAAGGGGUGGCUAAGCUAUGUGAAAUCCUUAACAUGCCAUUCAGCAUUUCCAUAGACACUUGGUAUAACCAUGAGGAAAUUCUUCAUGCUGCACACAACAAAGUCACCAAGGAGCAGCUUAAAGCCAAUGCAAAUGAAGUAAAACAAGUCGCAAUAGAUGAAGGAACCUCAAGAAAUGAUAAGAGUUCUAUUGUUGAUAUCCCUGUCACCUUUGAUUGCACUUGGUCAAAGAAGGGUUUAACUGCUAAUCAUUGUGUUGGCUCAGCCUGCAAAGACAAGCCUCAUCAUCUGGAUGCUGUCUUCGAAGAGCCAUUGCUAAAGAUUUGUGAAAGAUUAAGGGGGCCAGCAUUGUUGCAAAGGUGUUUUCCUGGCUACACACAAUGCCAAUGAAUCUAUCAAUUCUCUUGUUUGGAAAGUGUCCAAAGCACAAGUGGCAUGGAUCAAAGACAAUAGGAAUGGUGGCAAAUGCUGCUUCCCUUCAUUUUAGUUGUGGCGCAACUAAGAAACAUGAUGUUGUGAGGGAAGCAGGGCUUGCUGUGGGACAGCAUACCAACAGAGCUAGUAAAAGAAGAGACUCAGGAAGAGUAAAACAGGCUGUGGAAAGAGUGCAAGAAAAGCACAAGAAAUAUAGGCUUGCAAGGAAACAAGCAAAAGCAAAAGAAGAAGAACUUCAAGUCAGGAGAGAAGGAACGACAUAUGAAGCAGGUGGUUUUAAUGACAUUGCUCCUGUCAGAGCCUCAAAAGAAAAAAAGGAACAAGUAGAGACAGUUGGGAUAGAUGUGAGCAGUGUAUCAAUGUAAAUUUGUGAGUUUAAGUAAGUCAAGCGGCUCUAAGUAGCAUCUGACUAUAUUGCUCAUUUUCAACUUGUGUUUCUCAAAUUAUGGAAACUUUGUUGUUUUCGGACUUGCCCCUUAAAAUAUCUUAAGAGCAU